AAAACAACAUGGCCGCUGGAGAGUGUGUGGUUCAAACCACAAACGGAGAAGAAGAACCAGCAGAAGACGACGACGACUGGUCCGAUUUUACUUCUGAUAGUAACAUCAAUAGUCUGCCUAGUUGCUUUGAGGAUCUAACGGUACAAAAGUGCUUCCCAUCAAAGGAUAGCUCUUGGGUUUUCAGAAACGUUUCAGAGACAGCUCGGCUGUGCUUUCCAGUAUUGUCGUCCAAAUCUCAAGUAUCUUCUUGUAGUCUCCCUGAAGCGUCAAGUAAAGAGAAACUCGAAGGAAAGCCAGCACUGCUGGAGGAAAAUCUGCAUUAUUCAAGCUAUUUUCCUCAGCCAGUUUGGAAAGGUUCUAAUUUUGAAUCAGCUUUAAUAAGUGCUCUUGAUCUCCUUUCAGCUAAUAAAGAACAAGAACAAGAGUCAGAUGUUGAGACUAUUAAAAGAGAACCUGGACUUUUUAAUUUUCAUCAUUUAGCAGAAAGAAGUAUGGAUUUCUGGCGUGGAAAAUGGAAUUUAGAGGUUGAGGAAACUUCAGCUAAUGGACUUAGUAGAUCAAGAGAAUCUUUAGGCAAUGAAAGUAGUAGUGAURCAAAGUUAAAUGAAUUUACGGGUGAUUUGGAGAUAUGGACUGAUUCCGAUGGAGCUGAUUCAGAUGAAUUUUUUCUACUGGUGGGYGAUCAACGACCUGAAGAAACAAGAAGUCUUGAAGACAGUCAUGCUGCAGCAGGUCUUCAUCAACURCCAUUUGAGGAAGUCCAAGAAUUAAGGAAUGAAAUGGCAACUUAUGUAAAAGAAUAUUCAGACUCUUUAGUAGAAGAACUAAUGGUCAAAGAUGAACAAUUAAGAGAAAAAGAAAUAAAGAAUUUGUUUAUAUCAUCAUUAUUAGCAUUACAGUCUAAACUCAGGGACAUACARUCUACACAAGGGAAGAAGAAAAAUGGACCUUCUAUGAAUAAAUAUYUGACAACUGUCAUACCUUACAUGGAAACUCCAGGAGGACCAGACAAGCAGUGCCUUGAGAAAUUAGUAGAAAUUAUGGACGCAAUGAGAUCAGACAGCCCAACAGUGCCAAAUCUCCUGACAGAAUAUAUACUUAAAGUACUAUGUCCUGAAUAAGGUCAUCUACAAGUUUCAUAAUUAAUUGAGCAAAUUGCGGUCAUUCAAGCUGGAUAAAACCAUAUUUGGGCAUUUCGUGGUGCUGUUGCUUAAUGAUGUGUGAAAGAUUUCCUUGAAGAUAAGAAGAAGACUUACUCCUAUGGAAUACUUUUGCAAGUGAAAUAAUUCAACAGCAAAUGAAACGUUAUUCGACGAAUAUAGCUCCAUGAAAUAGUUAACUAAUCAAAGAUUGGAAUAACAAUAAAUGCAGGACAUUUAGGCUUUUCUUUUCAAACCUUAAAAGAAAGGUGAUAUGCAUGCAAAGAAAAUGAAGUUUCCUUUUUCCUCUGAAUGGAAAAAGAUGGAUAAAAUCUCCCACAGUARCUGAUAAUUUUAUUUUAUUUUUAAAAAGGAUUUCAGAGUCGGGACACAACAGAAUAACAUUAAUAUUAUUAUCAAUUAUUGUAUUAUUUGUAAAUUAUGUACAUUGUUUGACUGAAAUUUUUACCAGAGAAUUAUUUAGUAACUUAUAAUUUAUAGUUUAUUGUCUUUUUUAAAUUUAUUUUGUUUAGUGAAGUUGUUUAUUUUCACAUGAAUUAGUACAUUUAGUUCUUUU